AUGUACGACCCGCUGGCCAUUCGCUCGCCUGGCGCCAGACUGCCUCAUUUCGCUGCUGCUCCAAAGGUCGAGGCAGAGGAUGUGCAGCUGGUGCGCCUCAUUCAACAGCGAGCUCUCACCCGCCCACACUGCGCCAUGGCUUAUCUCUGCCCGCCGCCCAUAUCCUCCUCCUCUGAUGGCCACACCCACCCCCACUCACUCCACACCCACGCCCACUCACUCCACACCCACGCCCACUCACUCCACACCCACACCCCCCACACCCCCAUCGAGGUCACGUGGUCUCAGGGAUCGCGCAUCGUCGCUCAUCUGGCUCAACACUACGCGCCGCUGGUGGAGCAGUUGGAGGAGUCGAAUCGCUUGGUGGCCAUCUACUGCCAACCGCCCAUCCACGCCUUUUUCCAUCACUUUGCCCUUUGGGCUCUCGGCGUCGGCGUCCUCUUUCUCGAUCAAAACCUCGACGCAUGCCUUCGACAUGACCUCAUCGCACCUGCACAGGCCAUCUUGUACUGCACGCAUGUCCAGUCGCCAAAAGAUGCGCAGUGGGUAGAGGCGCUGCAGGUGAAGCACAAGUGGCAGCUGCAUCCUCAACAGCACGGCGCACUGGCCAUGGCACAAUGGGCGCAGCAGCAGCAGCAACAAGAGAGCAUCGACGGUGAGCGUGCGCGCGCGCGAGAGAGAGGCUUGCCUGCCUGCCUGCCUGCCUGCCUGCCUGGCUGAUCGCCCGCCUCGCCUCGUCGUGCCCGUCCGUAUCACAACACAACCUCCUGCCCAACGCACGCGGGUGGCAUAGUGCCCGAAUGGCCGCGCACCAUCAAGAUGCCUCACCCUGCUCUGGUCAAUCACACUUCCGCUUCCACAGGUGUGCCCAAGCACUGCUUCACCGCCAUCCACUUUUGGUCUCGCGGCUUGAAGCGCACGGCCAUGGCCUUUCUGGGUGCUCAAGCCGAUACGCUGCCAACACAGCUCCAUCAGCGCGGCAGGCUCCUCACCACCAACUGCUUCUUUUUCACGUGAGUGUCCGAGUGCCGGGCAGAGGUGCACCUACGUCGACUGAUCUCCGCACCGCACCGCACACCGCCGCACACCGCCCGCCAAAACCCAGCUACACGGCCUACAUUACAUUGCAGUGGAUCGUUGGUCAGCCGGUCAUCGUGCCGCACCCCGCAGACGGCAAGACAUGCACGCCCACAGAGUGGCUGGAAACCAUCGCCCUGUCGGAUGCGGCUCACUUUGGCACCUACCCCACCGUCGCAGAGGAGAUGGUUCGCAUCGCACGCGGCAAUGCGCGCUACCAGGCUGCACUGCGAAAGUUGGACAGCUUGGCAGUCAUGGGCGCACCCGUAGAGCCUCACUUGGACGCCCUCUUUCGCGACUUUGGCAUCAAGCAGGUGCACAACAUCUACGGCGUUUCGGAAUUUGGACGCGUCAUGUCCUCCAAAUCGCCUCCCAUGAGGCUGGAUGCCCUGGCUGCGGGGCCAGGCUCCAAUCACCUCGUCUUUACGCCGCUCCCUCCUUCUUCUGAUAACGACAAACAGACAACAGAGACGGAAUAUCAAGCUUGGAGCAUCAUUGAGCGCAAUCCCAAGCUGCAGGCCAACAUUCAACAAGGCGGCAUCCACGUCAAGGUGGAACCUUUUGCCGGUCCAGGUGCAGACCACGGGAAACCAUGCAUCAACCUGGCCGACCUGUUCGUGCGCCUGCCCGACGCUCCCGGUCAGACGGAACCCUUUUGGAAGCUGGUGGGCAGGUCGAGCGACGUCAUCGUCUACGCCAAUACUCUCAGCGCCAAUGCCAGCGCCUUGGAAGCCAAGUUGGCCAAGUGUCUGCGAGACAGGUCGCCUCGCGACACCGUCACGGCUGUUCAAGUGCUGGGGCACGGCAAGCCGUGGAGCGCUUGUCUGAUCCAGAGCCCGCGGCCAGAACUCCUCGGUCAAGGCGUGCUCAGAGAUGCGUUGCAAGAGUACAAUGCGGAGUUGAUUACGCCAAUGGCAAAAAUAGAGAUGGAAAGAGUCAACGUGA